AUGGCACCUGAGAAGUGGUGCUCCGAGAUGACUCUCAACUCAAAACCCGCGAGCCAGCAAAGAGAAACACUCCCUACAGCAGCAGACCUCGAAGCCAACCGGCCGCUGUUGUCCAGGACGUCCACCCUCCGAGAGAAUUCUUGCGAUCAUACACCAUCCAUCUUCCCUUCAGAUAAAAGCUCCCAACGACGCCGAAGAUGGUUUUGGCCAGACGGGGAUUUUCGCAUCAACGCGCGAGUCGUAUCUGAUGCGAUACUGGGGCUUUCAGAUGGACUCACCGUCCCAUUCGCUCUCACCGCCGGUCUGACAGCUCUGGGGGACACAAGGGUGGUCAUCCUCGGAGGACUCGCAGAGCUGAUCGCGGGAGCAAUAUCAAUGGGGCUCGGAGGAUAUGUUGGUGCCAAAAGCGAAAUUGAAUCUUUCAACGCCACAGACCGCAACUGUGAUCAGCUUCUGCUGCAGGAACCGCAAGCCGCCAGGGACUUUGUCCAGGAGUAUUUUCAACAUUUUGGACUGUCGGCAGAAGAGACAACACGAGUGGCCGAUCACAUGGAAGCGUCCGCGCCGGUGCUCAAGGACUUUCUCAUGCGAAACCAUUUUCAAGCGUCCAAGCCAGACACGGGUCGGCCGUAUCUCUCAGCACUUACGCUGGGCAUCAGCUAUUUCACCGGCGGAUUCAUCCCAUUGAUCCCAUAUUUCAUCGUUGCCCGGGACAAUGUUCUGGCCGGAUUGUGGUGGAGCAUUGGCCUCAUGGCGGUCGUACUGCUGGUUUUUGGAUAUGUCAAGACGGGAGUGGUUCGGGGCUGGGCUGGCAAGGAGAAUUACCAGGCUUGCACGGGAGGAGCGUUACAAAUGCUGGUUGUGGGUGUUAUUGCCGCUGGAGCAGCCGUGUGCCUGGUUCGAUUUAUCAGUGGCGAAUGA